AUGGACUCGGCUCCGCCGAGCUGCGGCAUCCUGCAAGUCACAGUCAGCGAUCUCAAAGCAGAGGUGCUGGGGGUCUUCCACUUAGAAGCUGAUGCGAGCGAGGUGGCAGCAGUUCGCCGCCAACUCGAUCUCUCUCGCAGCAUCCCGAACUUCGAAGUCCACUUGGUCUGCCACGGUCGAGUACUCCAAGAUGCGGACCUUCUGCGUGAGUUUGAGAAAGAUGGAUAUGUGGAGAUUACACUGCUCAGAUCGCCGCAGCCGUGUGCGGUGACUGGCGGUUCUGAUGGGGAUUUCCUGGUCUGGGACCUUCGCAGCGGCAGUUGCUGCCGAUUUCUGCCAGUCGGCGAGACCAUCACAUGUUUGUCCAUAGACUGGUCGGCUCGGGUCAUGUUGAGCGGCCAUGCCGACUCCACACUGAGGCUGUGGGACCUGGACCGUGGCGUGUGUCUCCGCGUGCUCACGGAUGCAUCAACGCAAGUACUUCGAUGCGUCUGCGACUCAGCAUGCAAGGCAAGGGCUCGGUGCAGAUCAGUCUAG